AUGUUCGCCCCUCUCCCUCCCCUCUCCUCUCUCCCCGUUCUUUUGGAACACAAUCCUGACAUCGCUGUAUGUGUCCUCCCUCAUCCUCCCUCGCACUCCCUCUUCGUGCUUCAUCUAUCCCUCUCCCUCUUUCCCAUUUUUGUUAUCUUCCUCUAUCCCGCUCCUUCCUUCCCCUCUCUCCUCCAUCACUCUUCCCCCAGCCUCUACCACUCCCACAGGUACCUGGAGGUGUUGCCUCAGCUGUCCCUGACGCUCCACUCACUGGAGGUUGUGGGGCGCGUGGCCAUGGCUGUUGACUUGCCACUCCCUGUCCUUGACUUCAACCUCCUUCCUCUUUCGCCGAUUCCACCACAGGAUAAGAGCAUGCAGAAUCGCCUUGUGCGGAUCGUUUGCAUCUUCCUACUGAGUCUCAUCCGCGAUAACAUCAUCAAUGUGGAGGCGCUUUUCAUUGAGAUGCAGGCAUUCUGUAUCGAGUAUUCGCGGGUCAGGGAAGCAGCAGCCCUCUUCCGCAUGCUCAAAUCCCUCGAGUGA